GCGCUUCAUGUUUGCGCAUGCGCACGGCGCCAUUUCGUGCCCUGGUCUGUUGUUGCAGUGUGAGCGAGCAGACACCCACUCUGUCUUCAAACAAUACUGCGUCGAAUUUUAAUCAUUUUUAAUCUUAAGCUCCCGAAUCAGGCAGACAGACGACUCGACCCGAAUAACACAGAAUGGAUCUCUCGCCAACUACAAGCAGCCUGAUGGCGAGUAACGUGACCAACAAGACGGACCCACGCUCUCUCAACUCACGCGUAUUCAUCGGCAACCUGAACACCAUGCUGGUGACCAAGGCAGAUGUGGAGGCCAUCUUCAGCAAGUACGGCAAGAUUGUGGGCUGUUCAGUGCACAAGGGCUACGCCUUUGUCCAGUACUCAAAUGAGCGGAAUGCACGUGCUGCCGUGGACGGGGAGGAUGGACGAAUGGUCGUUGGACAAGUCCUGGAUAUUAACCUGGCCGGUGAACCAAAACCUCACAGAUCUAAGACUAUCAAGCGCUCAGCAGGAGAUAUGUACAGCCCUUCGAUUGAGCUUGACUAUGACUUCCAGCGAGAUUACUAUGAUAGGGUGUAUUCGUACCCCUCACGGGUGCCUCCUCCCCCUCCUCCGCUCUCCCGCGCAGUCAUUCCCUCCAAGCGGCCACGGGUCAGUGUGAGUGGCAGCCGCCGUGCAAAGAGCAGCUUCUCCACCAAGAGCAGCCAGAGAACCUCCCGCACCAUGAGAGCUGAUGACCUGCAAACAAUCAAGAAGGAGCUGACUCAAAUCAAACACAAAGUGGACUACCUGCUGGAAAGCCUGGAGAGGAUGGAAAGAGAACACAGCAAGAAAUCAGAUGGGAAGAGCAUUAAAGCAGAGGAGACAUCCCCCCAGCAUCCCAGCAUGAAAAAGGAUCGAGAGAAUGCGGAAAUCAAUGACUACGAAGAAGAGGGUGAUUUGGAGGAAGAGGAGAUCAAGAGUCAGGGAAGGGAGGAAGAUGAAGAGGACGAUGAUGGAGAACAGGAGGAAGGAGAGGAUGACGGAGACAGCACUAAUGGAGAGCACUCUUAAACCGCUCGUUCUUAUGCAAACACACAGACUUUACGCUGAAAUAUGUGGGUGUCUAAAAUUACGCCACACAGCAUGCAUGCAUUCUGUUAAAUCCACACAUCUCGGGUGAAUAAGUAAACAAAUAAUCGUACAAACGAAAAAUCAGAUCCUCUUCAGAACACAGCUACAUUCUCAUUUUUCCACCAUUCCACAGUUUUCCUAAUACGUUUUUUUUUUUCUCCUCCUUCCAUCAGCAGGCUUUAAAGAUUACCUAUCGAUUGUCGCACUUCCAUUCCUAACCAGUUAGUGGCAGUGGCAGUGUCACUCACUAUUUCAGUUGUAAAGUUCAACUGGAUUUGAUUCUAAACUGAUUUUAUGGGGUGAGUAGGUCUGAGGUUUCACAUCACCCAUCAACAAGAAAAGGUUUAGCUUGUACUAUAUAUACUUUUACUUUUAAAACAUUUUUUGUCUUGGGUUUUUCGUUGUGAGUCUAGUGACAUUAAGUGGAGGGCUGAUUUUCAGAGACAUGUUUGUUGCUGUUUCAUUCUACUUCACUUGUUUUCUUUAUGUCCUGUAAUAAAUUUAAAUAAAAGUUAUAGAUGUUUUGUGAAACA